AUGGUACACUUUCAAUCUUUAAACAGAUCACACGUAUUCUUAGUAGGAAUUUUAUUACUAAUUCAGUUCUCUUUUCCCAUUCAGGGGUUACUUCAUUUUUAUACCGAUGCUGGAGCAAGAAGAUGCUUCUACAAAGAGCUUCCCCAGGGAACGUUGCUAAUAGGACGAUACAAGUUGGAGAUUUUUGAUGAGGAUGCACACGAGUUUUACUCACCUUUGGAUAAAUUGAACACGGGGAUUCUAAUUGAUGUUGAAGAGAAAUUUGAUACAGAUCAUCGGGUGGUGCAUCAGAAGGGGUCGCCCAGGGGCCAAUUCACGUUCAGUGCGUUGGAAUCGGGCGAACAUAGAAUUUGCUUCACACCAAAGAGCUUUUAUAAAAGACGAUGGCUUGAUGGCGGCGGAAAUGACGUGGAUGCGUUGAAGGACCUGAGAUUCAAAAAGUCUAGGAUUAUGGUUGAUUUUCUGAUCCGAGAUGGAGAAAUCUUCGAUACGAAACACUCCAUCAAGGUCAAUACAUUGACAGAACAAGUUAAUAGCAUAAAUGACAAACUCACCGAUAUUAAGAGAGAACAAGAAUUCAUACGAGAGAAGGAAGAGCUGUUUAGGGACCAAUCUGAGCGCACAUGUGAACGUGUUAUAAGAUGGCUGAUAGUCCAGAUUGGUGCUUUGGUAAUCACUUGUGUGUAUCAAAUGAUUGCGUUACUGAGUUUUUUUGUUAAAGAAAAAGUUUCGUGA